AUGUCAGCCACCUGGGUUCCUGGCCUAGUACCCACCUUGCUGCUCGGCCUGCUGGCCGGCCUCCAACAGGCUGCAGCCACAUGUGGCCUCUUCUUCACCUGCCCUAAAGGGUUCAGCUGCUGUGGUAACAGCUGCUGCCAACAGUACCAGCCAGAGCAGUUCCAGCUCUUCUCUGGCCCCUUGAGGAUCUUUGUCAUCGUCUUUCUGAUCAUCAUACCCCUCUUGUGCAUCUGUGGCCUGGCUAAGCGCUUCUGUCGCAACUGCAGAAAGUCGGAGCAGGACCCCCCAACGGAUCAUGAGGGGCCCCCAGAACGGCCCCCCGUUACUCCCGCAGAGAGGGUCACAGCGUCCAUUUGUGAGCCCCCACCCCCCUACAGCGAGAUUAUCCUGAAGGCCGUCGUGGGUCUGCCCCCCGUGGAGCCACCCCCUCCCUACAGCUUCAGGCCUGAAGAACACUCCGGGGUGCGCAGCGGCAUCGACAACCCCGCCUUCUGA